CAAUUUUGCGUAGACGUCAAGCUAUCACGUGACAGCGCGUAGCAGGAACCGCUGCUUCCUAAUUAUGUUCUUCCUGGCGACUUCAGAGUGACCUCGAACUGGGGGAAAAACAACGUGCGGCUGUCACUUGUGUGUGCGCGCGACAUUCUUUACAUCAGUAUCCAGCAAUGAAUAAAUACAUAGUGCGCGCUUCCAUGGUGGGAACGUGUGUCGGGGGUGCGAUUCUUCUCAAGGAUUACACAGGUGGGGGAAGCUGCCAGAGUAAAGCAUCUAUAACUGGGCAGACAGUCAUUGUAACUGGAGCAAACACAGGGAUUGGAAAGGAAACUGCACUGGAGCUUGCAAAAAGAGGAGGCAGGAUAAUUAUGGCAUGUCGUGACAUGGGAAAGUGUGAAAAUGCUGCAAGAGAGAUUCGGGGUAAAACACUAAAUCAUAAUGUGUUUGCCAAGCAACUUGACCUAGCAUCUUCUAAAUCCAUUAAAGAAUUUGCAAAAACUAUGAUAAACGAGGAAGAGCGUGUAGACAUAUUGAUUAAUAACGCAGCAGUGAUGAGGUGUCCUUACUGGAAGACAGAAGAUAACUUUGAGAUGCAGUUCGGAGUUAAUCACUUAGGUCACUUUCUCCUUACAAAUUUGCUGCUUAAAAAGAUGAAGGAGUCCGGGAAUUCCAGGAUCAUUAAUGUGUCAUCCUUGGCACACAUAGCGGGAGAUAUUGACUUUGAUGACUUAAACUGGGAAAAAAAGAAGUUCAACACUAAAGCAGCAUAUUGCCAGAGCAAGCUUGCGAAUGUCAUUUUUACAAAUGAAUUGGCCAAGAGGCUGCAAGGUACAAAAGUGACUGCCAACUCACUCCACCCAGGAGUUGCAGAAACAGAACUUGGAAGGCAUACAGGAAUGCACCAAUCUGCAUUUUCCAGCACAAUUCUGGCAUCCGCGGUGUCCGUGGUGUGGCCCCGCCCCUCUUGAUGUCACGGCCCGCCCCUUUGUGUCACCACCCCCCAGCAGCCGCACCAUUGUUUUGGUUUGUGGUCAAAUCCCCCAAGCAAGCAGCACAACCAAGUGUCUACCUGGCUGUUGCAGAGGAACUCCAAGGGGUAUCCGGGAAAUAUUUUAAUGGUCUAAAAGAAAAAAAGCCUGCUCCUCAA